AUGGAUGCCGGUGCUUCGAAACCACCGCGCUCUGCCGCCCGCGGGACACUGUUGCCAAAAGGCUCCCCGCAGUCUCCAGAGGAGCAGAUGGGCGGGCGCAUUGCGCAUACAUUAACCGCCUGCACACGAUGUAGACAGCGGAGCAACUCCAAAUGCGUUUAUUUCGAUCCGGUCAAGAAUACGACUGUACCGAGAACAUAUAUCUUGCAGCUUCAAGACAAGGUCAGGAGACUCCACGAAGAACUCGCACAGGUGGAAAGUCAGAUCGAGAACUCGCCGGACCCCGAACUCAUGGUUCGGGGGGGAGGCCUUAUCAAAUUUAAAGAAAAUGAUGAAUCGAGAUUUCUGGGGCCGUCGAGUGGCAUCGCAAUCACUCGCUUCGUGAUGGAGAUGGCAAAACAAAACACGGACACCAAAAGCAUAAAGGAGGUUGUUAAUGAGAUAACUGCCAAAGAGAUCAAAUACGUUUUUACGAAAGAGAGCCAGAAACCAACGUCGAAAAUAUAUCCGCUGGUUAGCUCCGUAGCCCAACCAGACCUGCCUGACCGGGGCUUGACUGAGAGAUUGGUGGACCUGUUCAUGGCAAAGGCUCAAUACAUGCUUCCCACCUUGCACGAGCCAUCCUUUAGACAGGACGUAGAUGCGGUUUACAAUGGCUCCGAUGAUCCUUGCCAAAACUUCCAGUUGCGGAUCGUCAUUGCAAUCAGCAUGCAAAAGCUGAGCACGCAAUUCGCCGGAUUAGCAGAUGCGUUCUACCUGGCUGCUCUACCGUACUUGGAUGCCAGCAUCAGAAAGAUGGAUAUUUCCACCCUGCAAUGCUUCGUACUCAUUGGUCAAUACUCACUUCUGACCCCCACGCGGACGGCAGCUUAUUGGGUUGUCGGAACCGCAGUGAAAAUAUGUCAAGAUUUGGGCCUUACUGACGAAACUACCAUUGCCACGUCGCCAACUGGCGAACCUUUGAACUGCCUUGAAGUUGAUAUGCGGAGACGGCUGUUCUGGAUCGUAACAUCCAUGGAGUACGGUCUCUCACACAGUCUUGGCCGGCCGAGCGCUUUCUGCGUUACUCAUGAUCAUAUUAAUGUGAAGUUCUUUGAGGUUGUCGAUGACAAGUACAUCACUCCUCAAGGCGUAUCGCCAGAAGCGCAGCCUAUAAUGAAAAAGUGCAUUGCCAUCCACUUUUUCAAAAUGCGCCUUCUUCAAGCUGAAAUACGGCGCACCCUCUAUUUGAGAAAACGGGAUACACCCAUUGAUGACCAAGAUCCAUGGUUUUCCCAGAUGUUAGAGAAAAUCGAUAAAUGGGUUAACUCCUGUCCUACCAACGAUGAAGGAAGUGGACUGAGCCCGGUUUGGUUCGAAGGAAGGCGUAAUACCAUGAUUGUCUUUAUGUACCGGCCCUCGCCACAGGUUCCAGAGCCUUCGUUACAGGCGGCGCAGAGGUGUUACGAUGCCUGUGCGUUCAAUAUCAAGAUGCACAAAGAUCAAGUGACAACAGGCUCGGUGGAUCUGACUUGGAUAUGGACCCAAUCCGUGUGCAUGGCCCUAAAUACGAUUCUCUGGUCACUUUCUUACCCUGGCAUUCGUCAUGAGCAUCCAAUAGAGGAAGUAAUCCAGCACAUUAAUAUUGCCAUGGAAGUACUUGCUGUUAGUGCUGAGCGUUGGCCAGGGGUCGAGUCCUGCAGACAACUCUAUAAGAGCUUGAUAGCUGGCUGUCUCAAGGCUUAUGACAGCGAUGAAUCCUUUGUGGUACAUACUCCAUCGAAUCGACCGUCUCCAGCUUCUUCACACGAUGUCACCACUCCGCGGCAAAUGUCGAGUCCCGAUCCUGCUACAUCUGCCACUCUAAUGCCGCCAGAGCAUCCCUCCUUUUUUAGGUCACCAACGAUAUCAUCGGAGUGUUCUUAUGGAACCAAUGAUUCUCUGGAAGCAUGUCGUUCGCGCAAUAGUUAUCACAGCUCAGAUUCUCAGCCAACCGUUUCUCACUCAUCGCUUUCGCCGUACCUCACUGACUCUAUUCCCACUCAGCAAUCUGCGCCUCUUCCGAUUUGCGACUCCCCCUCCUCUUUAGCGCCACCCCAUCUUUUGUUUGACCCAAGCUCGUUUCAUAAUUCGUUUCCGUCUGUUGUCACCGGUUUACGGAAUUGGGAUUCUAACUAUUCUGCUGCAUCAACUAUGGCCAGCCAUCUCUCCUAUGGUAACGCCCCGCUGGAUCCUAUGAUUUGGACAAGCGCAUUCGGUGGUCAAUAUUCGCAGUUUUUCAACCAACCAUACCCCAAUACUGGCUGGAGGGACCGAAGCUUAAGCCGAGAAGAGCAGUCGGAGCUGAUGGCGCAUCUUAUCGAUGAGCUUCCUGAUGUGUCUUACCUCGUAAACGAAUCUGCUACGUUUUACAAUGCCUUGGCAUGA